UACUGACUUUCUUUGUUGGCAACUUAGCUUCCGCUUAAUUAUCUUUCCUUUUUUGUGUCUUGUUCCAGGUUAGGAUACCGUCGUGAUAUAAUUUUAAAUAAUGGGUUUUGUUAAGGUGGUGAAGAACAAGCAAUACUUCAAGAGAUACCAAGUUAAAUUUAAAAGGCGUCGUGAAGGCAAAACUGAUUACUAUGCCCGUAAACGUCUCAUUGUUCAGGAUAAAAACAAAUACAACACACCCAAGUAUCGGCUGAUCGUUCGACUUUCUAACAAGGAUGUGACCUGCCAAGUUGCAUACUCUCGUAUUGAGGGUGACCAUAUUGUUUGUGCAGCAUAUUCUCAUGAAUUGCCCAAAUAUGGUAUUAAGGUAGGCCUGACAAAUUAUGCAGCAGCUUACUGUACUGGUUUAUUGUUAGCUCGGCGUCUUUUACAAAGGCUUGGACUUGAUACUCUGUAUGCAGGUGCCACUGAAGUCACUGGUGACGAGUACAAUGUUGAACCAGUCGAUAAUGGCCCAGGGGCUUUCAGAUGUUACUUGGAUGUUGGUUUGGCGCGUACUACCACUGGCGCUCGAGUAUUUGGAGCAAUGAAAGGAGCUGUGGAUGGAGGCCUCAAUAUACCCCACUCAAUUAAAAGAUUCCCAGGCUAUGAUGCUGAAGCAAAGAAAUUCAAUGCUGAAGUACACAGGUCUCACAUUUUUGGGCUGCAUGUGGCUGAAUAUAUGCGCAUUCUUGAACAAGAUGAUGAAGAUUCAUUCAAGAGACAGUUUGGCAAAUACAUUAAGCUUGGUGUUAAUGCUGAUGCUAUUGAAUCCCUUUAUAAGAAAGCCCAUGAAUCCAUUCGAGCGGAUCCAUCACAUAAAAAGAGUGACAGCAAGAAGGAUCCUGCCAAACAGAAACGCUGGAACAAGCGUAAGCUGACAUUGGCUGAAAGAAAGAACAGGAUCAAACAGAAGAAGGAGUCCUUCAUCAAGAGGCUUCAGGCGCAAGCAGAAGCUUAAUGGCUAUCAACAAUAAAUGCCAAUGAACAUA